AUGUUCAACAAGUCCGAGGGACCAGAAGUGACUCUCACGCACCGUACCGCCUUGCUCGCAGACUCAAACCCCAUCCAGACCGUCCGGGAUUUGCGGAUCGUUGACAUUGGAGUAAACAGCUUGAAGGUCUCCUGGAAAAAGACCCCGGGCGUAACGCACUAUAAGAUAUCCUGGGUCCCAUUCAGUGGUGGCUUGGAAACCUCACGGAUUGUUCCAGCAGAGAUCAUAUUUUUCACAAUUACCAAGCUGCAGGAGAGCACAACGUACACCAUCCGUGUGUCUUCAAUGAUCCAGGAACGGGAGGGAAGCCCAGUGCUUCUCAGUGCCAAAACACUGGGUUUUCCUAAAGUGACUCAGUUUGCAGUUCAGGAGAGCACGGAAAGCAGCAUUUUACUGAGCUGGACGGGCGUUCCUGGGGCCUCUGCAUAUUUAUUAACAUGGCGCCUGGCAUCAGCGUCUGAUCUUUCCACUGAACUGUUGGGAGCAGCUUCUAGAUCGUAUCGCGUUGCAGACCUGAAGCCAGGAGGGAUGUACUCUUUUUCAAUAAGACCGCUCUUCGGAGAGACGGAGGGGCCAGAGGUGGUGCUUACUGAGCGGAUAGGGCUAGCUGUGUUCUUACUAUGA